AAAACAGAUAAAUGAUAAACUAUAAUAGUAUAAUAAUAAUAGUAUAAUAAUAAUUUUAUAGAGUCUGCGUUUUUAAAUAUUUUAUGUCGUGACGUGGCCGGGUGGCAGCGUAAAGUCUGAUUUAAAAUCUUUUUUUUCAGUAUUAUUAAAUAAUAUUCUCUAUUAAUUCAAAAUUGAUCAUUUGAGGUUUUUCAAUUAUUGUUCUUGUGUAUAUUGUAACGCAUUAACGAUUGGCUGCAAUAUGAUUUAAUAUUUUAUUAUAAUUCAUAUUACAUAUUAUAUAUUAUAAUAUAUAUCAUCUACGCCGUACACACACCACAUCGCAUUCCCUGCAUCGACGAAUCAUGAACCGUUUCUAUCACUAUUCAGUUUUGUUCUUCGUGAUCGCGUGUAACGUUAUGCACGGAAUUAAGAUUGAUAUGAACGAAUACCACUUUGAAUCUUGGAAUGACGUACUAACCUACCCCAGUGAAUCGUACCACAUCGAAUAUAUUAAUAGCGACGACUUGUAUGGUUGGAGGAGGAAACGGGGAUUUUUCUCCUCACUUAAAAUUCCGGUCGCGAUGCCGUACACCGAGUGCGUUGACGAAAACGAUGAGAAAACAGUCGCCGAGAAUACAAUCAUCACUUCGGACGCCGACGUCACAACAACCGUUAACUCCGAGAUGACUGCGACUGCGGCGAAUAUUGAGGCAGCCUACAAGAGCUUCACGGACGCUAAAGAGACGCACAUCGUGUGUAUCGGGCCGGACGUGGAGAAAAGCUUGGUGGAGGCCGGACAGUACCUGCCACUGGUUAAUAAGUUGACUAAGUACAUCAUACCUGACUUAUCGUUGUAUGACGUGGUCAUGCUGUCCUUGAACGUGGCAUCAUUAACCACGCGGGGGGCCAAGGACUAUGCGAACACUGAAGUCACCGAAGCUCAGACCAAACCCGAUGUUGGUGCUACGAUUGGUCAAUAUGCGACUGGCAUAUACGACAAGUUGAAAGAUGCAUUUAAAACACAUUUUGGACACGUUACGAAUUAUUUCUCGGACGGAGAAGAAACAAAUUCAUUGGCAGAAACCGAGGCAGAAACGCAUAGUAUUCUCGAUCACGUGAAAAGUAAAAUUAAUAUUUUUGGCAGUUUUAUGAACAGCGUUGACUCACCCCAAACUGAAAACAAAGAAAACCAAGUUGAGACCAUAGUAACACAAACGUAUAUGGAAGAUUCUCAACCCCCCAUAACCAGCACGACUGUAACGAAAACGUAUGAAAGUGGUGAUGAAUCGAUCCACCAAGCAACAAAUGGCGAAUCAAAUAAUGCCAUAUUCAACACUAAAUUAUUAGAGAGUGGAAAACAAAAAGUUGGUAAAGUAAUAACUGAGAUGAAAAAUGAAAUCAAUAGCAACGAAAACUCAGCGAAUGACUCUGAUAUUGAAGCUUACGAUGACGAUAAUGAUGAUGAAACCAUGAACGAUGAUGAUGAUGAUGAUGGAACCAUGGACGAUGAUGAUGAUGGAACCAUGAACGAUGAUGAUGGAACGAUGAACGAUGAUGAAGGAACCAUGAACAAUGGUAAUGGAAACAUGAUCGAUGGCGAUAAAAACAUGAAUGAUGAUGACGAUGAAAACAAUGAUAUUCAAAUAAAAGAAGAAGAUUUUAAUAAAGUUAUGCAAGAAUCUAUGGUUUUACAGCCUGACUUUAUAAAUACACUUGAUGGCGAGGAGUUGCUGAACCGCAUAGAUGAAUUACAAAAAUCAUUAUCAAAUCUGAACCCCAACAUUAGAAAAACAUUUAAAGCUUUAACAGAGGAAUUGGACAUUGAUGAACACUAUUCCGAUGAUCAUGUAAAUGAACUAAUCGACGUUCUCGAAAAAACUACGAACUAUUUCAUAAUUAAGGCUAUUGAAAAAAAUGAAUCAUUAACGACGCCACCCACACCACCUACGCCAUCAAUGGAUUAGCAGUAUUGAUAGUCGUUUUAUACUUUAAUUAAUAUAGAAUAAUAUAAAACUAUUAUAUUCAAAUUAUUAUUUUUAAUUUAUCUAGUUUUCAUUUAAAUAUAAACUACAAGGA